AGAUUGUGUGCGUUUUAUAUAAAGGAGAGAGGGGAUGCGGCAGAUUCUCUCUACCACUCUCAGUGGCCUCUUUUUCAGUCAGUGUGGAGGUUUUGUGGGUGGUGAACGCCAAGGGUCUGCUUCUCCAUUCCUCCUCUCUCACUGAUGUCUGCCGCUCCCAAAAGCCUUGCCUCCAUCGGUUACUCUUCUUCUUCCUUUUUCUUCUAUUCCUGGGGUUCAAUGCAACACUAUCUGUACAUGUUCCUUCCUUUGUGACGUAUAAGGCACAAAAACCCAAAUCAGAUAGUCCAAAACUCAGACGACAAUCCCCACCAUCCCCCCACCUCAUUAUCUGUUAUCUCAUAUUAUCUCAGAUAUUGUGUCUUCCCUACUGAACCAGGAGAAGAGGUGAUAAUUAAAAGAAUCAUUAUGGGUCAAGUUUCUGUCUUCUCCUCCUCCUCUCCUUCUCUCGUCAUCGUCCUCAGUCUUCUUCUCAUCUUAUUCAUUUCUGAAGGUGUUUCGGGUUCUACAUUUACGUUUCUGAACAGGUGUGACUUCACGGUAUGGCCGGGAAUUCUAGACAGCGCUGGUAGCCCAAAGCUGGAAACUACAGGGUUUGUGUUACCCAAGGGUAGUUCACGUGGCUUCCAAGCUCCGACGGGCUGGUCAGGUCGCUUCUGGGGCAGAACCGGCUGUAAUUUUGAUGGGUCGGGCCACGGUACAUGCGCCACCGGAGACUGUGGGUCCGGUCAGGUAGAGUGCAACGGCGCUGGAGCUUCCCCGCCGGCGACACUCGCUGAGUUCACUCUCGGCUCUGGUAGUCAAGACUAUUACGACGUCAGUCUCGUAGAUGGCUACAAUCUGCCAAUGAUGGUCGAAGGCAGCAGCAAAUCGGGUGCUUGCACGUCCACCGGGUGCGUCACCGACCUGAAUCGCCGGUGCCCGAAUGAAUUGAAGGUUGAGGGUGGUGAGGCGUGUAAGAGCGCCUGCGAGGCGUUCGGCAGCCCGGAGUACUGCUGCAGCGGCGCUUACAACACACCGUCGACGUGUAAGCCGUCGGUGUACUCUGAGAUAUUCAAGUCUGCGUGCCCCAGAUCAUACAGUUACGCUUAUGAUGAUGCCACCAGCACUUUCACCUGUAACGGAGCCGAUUACACCAUCACAUUCUGUCCUUCCUCUCCCAGCCAAAAAUCUUCCAAGGAUUCUCCAAGAGAAACGGGAACAACACCAGAUAGUGGGUCAGGGUCAGGGUCAGGGUCAGGGCCAGAAUCAGAAUCGGCUUUAGCGUCGGCAGAGGGCACGAUGCUAGCCAAUUCUUGGUUAGCAAACUUGGCAACCGGUGCCAGUGGUACAGCCAGGAGCCACCCAUGUUUAACACUACACUCUGGAUUUGUUGUUGCAAUCUUCUCAUUAGUCCUUCCUUUUUUGGUAGGGUAGACAGCGAUGGCUAAUCAUGAUUUCCAUUUUGUAAAAUCACCCACUCCCCCAAUUCUACAUAUUUUAUGUUUAUACUUAAUAAAAAAAUAAAAAUUAAUGAUAUGACCUUUCUCUA